GCUUUAACAGAUCUACUUUGCAGUCUGAAUGGGGAGUCUACGGAGGGUAGUCGUCCUGCGUUUACAUUUGAAGCAGAUUUUUUAGUAGACUUCAGACGGAGCCUACGAAGGCGGAUGACUAUGAACUUGGCCAAACUUCGUUGAUAAUCACACGUAUACCAACGCGUAGGAGGCCAUAUUACAUAUAUUUUUUUUAAUUCAAAAUCCUUAGUCCAAAAUGACGAAUGUUCUUUGGUUUUCACCUACGGCUUUAAUUUAGGCGAGGAUGAAGAAUGCAUUUCGAAUCGACUAGAGCGAACUACGUUUCGCCGCGGAGUGUUACUGAUUUGAAUCGUGUGCAACAGUGUAGUGGUGGAGUGGUGCGGUAAUUGCUGAGCCAGUCUGUGCGCUAAAAUUGGUAGCUACAAAUGAACUUUGUUUGUGCAGCAUAUGUGUACAUUUAACAAAGUCGUUGUUCAAGCGCCCACUUCAUUUUGUCCUUUGGAUAGCUUUACAAAAUAUUUACAUCUGUAUCUUGCGAAACCAAGGACCACAGUACUGGAAGGACUUUACUGACCUCAAGAUGUCAAUUCUGCCUUUUACUCCCCCCAUUGUGAAAAGGCUUUUGGGUUGGAAAAAAGGCGAACAGAACGGACAAGAGGAGAAAUGGUGUGAAAAAGCUGUGAAAAGCCUGGUGAAGAAGUUGAAGAAAACAGGGCAACUGGAUGAAUUGGAAAAAGCCAUCACGACACAGAAUAUCAACACGAAAUGUAUUACCAUACCAAGGUCUCUGGAUGGACGGUUACAGGUGUCCCACAGGAAGGGCCUCCCGCACGUCAUCUACUGCCGCCUGUGGCGCUGGCCGGACCUGCAGUCUCACCACGAGCUGCGGGCCGUGGAGCUCUGUGAGUACGCCUUCCACACCAAGAAGGAUGAGGUGUGUGUCAACCCCUACCACUACCAGAGGGUGGAGACGCCAGUGCUGCCUCCUGUGCUGGUUCCCAGACACACAGAGAUCCCCAGUGAGUUUCCUCCUCUGGACGACUACAGCCACUCCAUCCCAGAGAACACCAACUUCCCCGCCGGCAUCGAGCCACAGAGCAACUACAUACCAGUGAGUUUGGGAGACGGCCACCUAGAGCCCUCUCCUUCCUUCUCAGUGAGUUUGGGAGACGGCCACCUAGACCCCUACCUUCAGACAGACUCUAGCAGAGAGACUCCUCCACCUGGCUAUCUCAGUGAAGAUGGGGAGACCAGUGAUCACCUGAUGAACCACAGCAUGGACACCAGUUCACCCAACCUGUCACCAAACCCAGUGUCUCCAACACACAGCAAUUUAGACCUACAGCCUGUGAUGUACUGUGAACCAGCCUUCUGGUGUUCUAUCUCCUACUACGAGCUGAACCAGCGGGUGGGCGAGACCUUCCACGCCUCCCAGCCGUCCCUCACCGUGGACGGCUUCACCGACCCCUCCAACUCAGAGCGCUUCUGCCUGGGCCUCCUCUCCAACGUCAACCGUAACGCCGCUGUGGAGCUGACACGCAGACACAUCGGCAGAGGGGUACGUUUGUACUAUAUUGGAGGAGAGGUGUUUGCAGAGUGCCUCAGCGACAGUGCCAUCUUCGUCCAGAGUCCCAACUGUAACCAGCGGUACGGCUGGCACCCCGCCACGGUCUGCAAGAUCCCCCCAGGCUGCAACCUGAAGAUCUUUAACAACCAGGAGUUUGCUGCCCUGCUGGCCCAGUCGGUGAACCAGGGCUUCGAGGCGGUCUACCAGCUCACCAGGAUGUGCACCAUCCGCAUGAGCUUCGUCAAGGGCUGGGGAGCAGAGUACAGGCGACAGACCGUGACCAGCACCCCUUGUUGGAUCGAGCUGCACCUCAACGGCCCCCUGCAGUGGCUGGACAAGGUGCUCAUGCAAAUGGGUUCCCCCAGCAUCCGCUGCUCCAGCGUGUCGUAGGAAUACUCUCCCCACCGUCUCUGUCACAGCACCAGUGAAUUAAACAGACUAGAGACCAUAGACACAUCAACUAAAGGAUCAGAAAGGGUUCGGCAGGCAUUGAGAGAAGGCUUUGUGUCUUUGGAAGAAGAGCCUGUAGGCUGAGAAAGCCCAACCCUCGUCUGUCACAUACUCUCCCCAACCCUCGUCUGUCACAUACUCUCCCCAACCCUCGUCUGUCACAUACUCUCCCCAACCCUCGUCUGUCACAUACUCUCCCCAACCCUCGUCUGUCACAUACUCUCCCCAACCCUUGUCUGUCACAUACUCUCCCCAACCCUCGUCUGUCACAUACUCUCCCCAACCCUCGUCUGUCACAUACUCUCCCCAACCCUCGUCUGUCACAUACUCUCCCCAACCCUCGUCUGUCACAUACUCUCCCCAACCCUCGUCUGUCACAUACUCUCCCCAACCCUCGUCUGCCACAUACUCUCCCAACCCUCGUCUGUCACAUACUCUCCCAACCCUCGUCUGUCACAUACUCUCCCCAACCCUCGUCUGUCACAUACUCUCCCCAACCCUCGUCUGUCACAUACUCUCCCCAACCCUCGUCUGUCACAUACUCUCCCCAACCCUCGUCUGUCACAUACUCUCCCCAACCCUCGUCUGUCACAUACUCUCCCCAACCCUCGUCUGUCA